AUGGCGCCCCCACGACUCCAAUACCUCAAUGCGACGAGGCAGAUUGCGAAGAAUGGAUUGAGUAGUAGGGUUGCUUUCUCGACAUCUCGAGCCUCGAGAUCUGAUGAGCCUCCUUCACGCUCAACAACCUCGGAACUGUUCGACCUGUUACCGGGCUCGAGUCCCAAGUCUACAGAGUCCCAGCCUCGACCAGCUUUCAGCAACCCCAUCCAGACUUUCGCCCAGAAGCAGCCACGAGAGAUAGGGGCAGGUAAUGCCAGACUUGUAAGCCUUGUAAGACGAGGCGUCGAGAAGAGAAAUCGGGACCAAUCACGAGUUCGAGGUGCAACUACGGCGGAAGAAUUGCAGAAUCGUAACUUGGCACAAGAUUUGAGCAGGCAGAUCUCACGGCGUUGGAGAGCGGGAGAUAUUUAUGCGCCUCAUGAUUUGAGCGAGGUGGAGAUGGCGAAGUGGAAGAAGAGAGGCCAACCACAUCACGAUGCGUUCGAUAUACUGGAUUUGAACCCGGAGGAGCAUUACCGAAACUUCUCACUGAUAUCCGAAUACAUGACACCUAUGGGGCGCAUUAAGCAUUCAAAGGAGACAGGGUUACGGCCUGUGAACCAGAGGAGAGUUGCAAGGGCUGUUCGAAGGGCCAUCGGUUUGGGUAUGCACCCAAGUGUGCAUCAUCACCCUGAGAUUCUCCAUCUACGGAACCAGAGGAACGAGUCAAACUCACCCUUCAGGCCGUUGUCAGGCCCUAUGUACUAG